AUGUCAUGCCCAGCGCCGCGUCAGAUGCGCGACCACACCAUCGACGGCGACGCCUGGACGCGGUGGGUCGGAAUGACGGGGGGCUCCUACGCACCUGGGUUUGGCAACUCUCAGAGCCUCAACUCCGGAGGCCUCAACCCGGCGCACGCGAGCCCGCACUCGCGAGACCUCUGUGGUGGGACGCUUGCAAACGGAUUCAACGCGGGAGCGCGGUAUGGCCCGACGGACCCACGCGGCACGUUUGUCAGCGGUGGCUUGAUGGUGGUGACUAUCGAGCUGACUGCCCAUCACAGAGGCUGGUUCGAGUUCCGGCUCGCAGUCUUGGACGAUCCAGACAAGAGCGUCCCCAUCACGCAGGAGCUACUCAACGAGCAUGUGCUCGAGAUCGACCCCUCCACGAUCGACUACGAGCGAGUGACGGACUAUCAGGCAGUGAGAGCGUCAGUCCGGUGCCCCUCCAGCGGCGGACACAGCGACCCAUCCGCCGCCGCACUCACCGCAACGUUUCCUCACGGAUCGUGCUGCAAUGGCGGUGGCGCGUGCACCCCACCAGACGCCAACCGUGAUCGGUACGUCGUUGACGACGCCGCGUUCGGCAACACAUACAUGAUCGCCCUCAAGGUGCCGGUGGGCAUCUCGUGCGAGCGCUGCGUCCUACAGUGGUACUAUCAGACGGGCAAUCGGCCCGACUCUUACCCAGAGGCGUUUUGGAACUGCGCCGACAUCAGCAUCGAGCCAGCGGGCUACGCCGGAGGGGUUGGCUGUGACUCUCCGGGGCCAAAGGAGAUGCCUGUGACGCCGGCACCCACGCAGCCAAAAAGUGGGUGGUGUGAGAACCCAUGGCAGGGCGGCGACUGCAUCGCUUGCGCCACCGACAUUGACUGUCCAACGGGGCGUGCUUGUUGGUCAGAGUCAUCCUGCGACUACCCGAUCAAGUGCGGUGAGACCGCGGCAUGCCAAGGCGCAACUUGCGGCCCGACGUCGGAGCUGUGCUCUGGAGAGAUGGAGGCGUGCUCGUCUUUCGCCGCUUCGUGCCAAGAGUGGUGCGGGGCGUGUGCAGCGACGGCAGCGUGCGCCAUCGACCUUCCAGACUACCCGGCGGGGACAGUUCGGAACGACUGCUCCUGCGACUGCUCCUCCUGCGGUGGCGGCACUCCAUUUGACAGCUGCAUCUUUCAGACCAAGGCUCCAUUACCUCCUCCGCCCUCGUGCGGCUGCGACCUCACUGGAGCGUCUUGGUGCGAUCGCGCUGUGCACUGCCACGACAGCACUGACAGCAAUGGGGCGUGCAACUGGGGCGUGGCGUGCACUCCGUCGUCCCUUGCACCACCUCCGCUGAUCCCUCCGCUGCCACCCCUCACCAUGCAGCCUCCGGCUGAGCUGCCGCCCGAGUGCAAGCCAUUUUGCGCCAUGAAGACCCAGGGGUGGCUGGACAAGUGCAAGUGGAACGGCUGCCUCGGCUGCUCGCAAUGUGACAGCCUGCCCGUCUGCGAGGCCUUUUGCGACGCCAAGACCCAGCAGUGGUCGAAAAAGUGCAACUGGACAGGCUGCUCGGGCUGCGCCCAAUGCUCACGGGCAGCACAGCCGCCCAACUCCCUAGCCUCACCCUCACCAUCGCCGCCGCCGCAUUGCGAGGCCUUUUGCGACGCCAAGACACAGCAGUGGUCGAAAAACUUUUACCCUCGUGACGUGCGCGUCGACAAGCUCACGCACAUGCACUACGCAUUCUACGAGGUGACAUCCGACUGCCGGGCCGCAUCCAUCGAUGAGUACGCCGACUAUCAGCUCUCGCAGACCGCCGCCGGCCGCAUGGUGCGGGGCAACAUCGCCGCCUUUGUCGCCCUGCGCGAGGAGCAAGCCAGCCUCGGCCACACGCUGCGCCUCAUCCUCUCGCUCGGCGGGUGGACCAAGUCGACGCACUUCUCCGAGUGCGCAAAGACCCAAGUAAAGCGGCAGGCCCUCGUCAGCUCGGCCGCCGCGUUGCUAGACCGGACCGACUUCGACGGCCUGGACCUCGAUUGGGAGUACCCGGUCUGCUGCGGGUUGGAUAGCAACGGCGUCGACCCCGCCGACUGGGAGAAUUACGUGUUGCUGCUGCAGAUGCUGCGCGCGGCGCUGGACGUGGCGCACCCGACGGAGCACAAGGAGCUGUCGAUCGCGAUGGGGAUGAGCCCGGCCGUGACGGGCAUCGCGCCCAAGGCGGCGCUCGCCGACGUGCUCGAUUGCAUCUACCUGAUGACCUAUGAUUAUAAUGGCGAUUGGAACGACUUCACUGGCCACCUCGCGCCUCUCUACCCCGAUCCCGCCUAUCCCGGAGACCCCGACUUCCACAUCUCGUGGGGCGUGGCCGAGUGGACCGCCGUGGUGCCAGCCUCCAAGCUCGUUAUGGGCAUGCCCUCGUACGGCCGCUCGUGGCACGGCACGACUGAGCUGUUCGGCUUCGGCGCUACGCCCGGACCGGGGACCUACUGGGAGCCACCCGACAGGAAGGAGCAGCCGGGCAUCCUGCGGUACGACGAGAUCACCUCGGACCGAUUCGCUGGCUUGACUCGCGGCUGGUCCGACAUCGCCAAAGUGCCGUAUCUCCAAGGCUACCUCGGCGGCCAGCCCACCUUCAUCACCUACGACGACCCCGAUUCGAUCGCCAUCAAGGCUCGCUUUGGCCAGGCGGCUGGUCUGGCUGGGAUGAUGUUCUGGGAGGCGUCCGAGGACAGCUCCUCCGUUUUGCUGCUGCGGGCCAUCGAGGCUUGGAACGAGGGGUCGCCUCGCCGCUCCCUGCUGCUGUCGUGA